CCUACAUUCAAUUUCAGAAGGAAAAAAAAAAGGGUUUCAAAAAUCAAAACCCAAUUCACGUUUUGAAUUGACGCCUUUGUGGUGCAAGUGUUCCUUGCCAGGAAGAACCGUCGCUUUAGUCUUCUCAUUGUUCACAAUCACCCGCUACUUCUGUUCCAUCAGGUGCGAUUCCUCAUUUUGUUCUGUACAUCAGUUCUUCGAAACCUCGGAUUUAUGUGUUUAGCAUGCCGUAACAAUAAAGUCUCGUAGAGAAAGGGAUGGAUUCUUCUCCUUCACCAGACAUAUGCAUCCCAGAGCAGUGGUUAGAGGCCACAGAGUCCAUUGCACACAGUUCAAUGCUUCCGAUUGCUCUUAUAUGUGGUGCCAAGAAUUGUGGGAAGACAACCUUCUCCCGCUAUCUCCUAAACAUCCUCUUGAACAAAUACACCAAAGUAGCUUAUCUGGAUACUGAUGUUGGCCAACCUGAGUUUACUCCUCCUGCUUUUCUAUCACUAACCAUUGUUCAUAAAGUAACUCCAGAUUUGACAGUUCCAUGCCUGAAAACACCGGAGAGGUGCCUUUUCUUUGGUGAUGUUUCUUGUAAGAGAGAUCCAUCAACAUACUUAAGUUAUGUAUUUGCCAUAUAUAAUCAUUACCGAAAGGAGUAUUGCAUCUCAGAUAAGGGAGAAUAUCCUCAUAAGAUUGAGGUUCCUCUUAUUGUGAAUACUCCUGGUUGGGUGAAAGGCGUUGGUUAUGAUGUAUUAGUGGACAUGUUAAAAUAUAUUUGUCCUACACAUGUAGUUAAGAUAAGCAUAUCCAGUGAAAAAAAGAAUUUACCUGCUGGAGAAUUCUGGUCAGAUGGGGAACAUGAUGAAACAAUUAACAUAAUUGAGAUAAAUUCAGCUCGUCAGGACUCGUUAAAUAGAUCGGUGCUUGUUCAGAAGGAUGCACGUCUACUGCGUGAUUUACGAAUAAUGGCUUAUUUCAGACAAUGCUUUUCUAGUGAGUCAAAUAUUUCCACAAUCAAGGAACUUGCACAUGCGUUGACCUCUCAUUGUCCGUAUGAAGUUCCUAUUGCAAGCAUAAAGAUUCGGCACCUUCACUGUGAGGUUCCAAGUUCUGAAAUAUUCUACAGUUUGAAUGCUACCGUUGUUGGCUUAGCAGUUGAUUCUGAUGGACCUGAAAAUUUGCCUUGGUGUCUUGGGCUUGGGAUCGUGAGGGGCAUUGACUCAGUCAAAGGUGUGCUCUAUGUCAUUACUCCCGUGCCAAAUAGUUCUCUGGAAAAAGUCAACCUCUUGCUGCAGGGUUAUAUCCAAAUUCCUUCUUGUUUAUUGCAGGUACAGGGAUGCAUCUCCCCUUACAUGGCAGCGAAUACUUUGACUACAGGCUAGUCAUUCAUGUGUUGAAAAAGAGGAAUAUUAUGAGGCAUAUUAGCAUUUUAGCAGGGUUAGCCAACCCCCUAUAGUUAUUACAGAAGCUUCGUUUCCCAUGGAAGAAGCACAUAUAUUAUAAUUUGCAUAAGCCAUAGAGAAUUUAUUUUUCCUUUUUCGAUUUAUGAAAAUCCAACAAAAUUGUAGCAGGGGGGGGGGGGGGCGGAAUGCAAUUAAACUUUAUAGCAUUGUCAAUUAUAUGGUAUGGAUAUUGUAUUAUAUAAAGUGAUUUAUUUUUAUACAUUAAAUCCAGUUGACUUUCGUGCAUUA